CCUGGUUUUGUUCACGUAAGUGAAACUCCAAACCCAUAUGAAAAGUUGGCCGCAAAAGGGACGCCAUUGGGAAGAGUGGGUCAACCCCUAGACAUCGCCCGUGCGGUCGCAUUCCUGGCCUCUACUGACGCCGACUUUAUUACCGGCGCUAAUAUUUUAGUAGAGGGCGGAUACUAUCCUAUAGAGGACUAUAAGGCGGUCGCAAAGUCGCGGGACUUCACGGGAAAAGUGGUUGUAGUGACCGGUUCCUCGUCGGGCAUCGGAGAGGGAAUCGUUAAACUGUUCUCAAUAUUAGGGGCUAAUGUUGUGGUCUGUGGAACGACUGCCACUAAAGUUCAACGAGUGGCCAAAGAGGUCCAGGAGUUGUCACCACUCAAACUGAAGCCAUUAGAAGUUGUGGGAGAUUUGACCAAAACCUCUGAUGUAAACAAUUUAAUCGAUUCUACGGUCAAAACGUUUGGCCGAUUAGAUGUAUUGAUCAAUAACGCCGGUAUAUAUAAACUCGCAAACAUUACUUCACCGGACAUAUUGUCGGCUUGGGAUCAAGUAUUUGCCGUCGAUUUACGCGCUGUCGUAGAACUCAUCCACCGAUCAGUUCCACAUCUGGAGAAGACUAACGGAACUAUUAUUGAUAUUUCUGGCAUAGCAUCAAUCGCACCGAUUAAUAUGGCUGGACCGGCUUUGCCAGCCGCUAAAGCGGGUAUAAAUAUGUUGACCGAAAUAUUGGCUCUGGAAUUGGGGCCCAAAGGUAUUCGUGUCAAUGCUGUUAGUCCGGGUACAACACAUGUAACAGAACCUCCUAGCCCAUUGGAAAAGUUGGCCGCGAAAUACACGCCAUUGGGAAGAGUGGGUCAACCCCUAGACAUCGCCCGUGCGGUCGCAUUCCUGGCCUCCACUGACGCCCACUUUAUUACCGGCGCUAAUAUAGUGGUCGACGGCGGACUCGUAUACAAUUUGGACUAUAGUAUAGAAGACUAUAAGGCGGUCGCAAAGUCCCGGAACUUUACGGGUUCUGUAGUUGUAGUGACCGGUUCCUCGUCGGGCAUCGGAGAGGGAAUCGUUAAACUGUUCUCAAUAUUAGGGGCUAAUGUUGUGGUCACCGGAAGGAAAGCACAGGACGUUCAACGAGUGGCCAAAGAGGUCCAGGAGUUGUCACCUCUAAAAUUAAAGCCAUUAGAAGUUGUGGGAGAUUUGACCAAAACCUCUGAUAUAAACAAUUUAAUCGAUUCUACGGUCAAAACGUUUGGCAAAAUUGAUGUAUUAGUCAAUAACGCCGGUAUAUAUCCAAAGACAAACAUCACUCAAUCAGAUCUGUUAUCAGUUUGGGAUCAAGUAUUUGCCGUUGAUUUACGCGCUGUCGUAGAACUCAUCCACCGAUCGGUUCCACAUCUGGAGAAGACUAACGGAACUAUUAUUGAUAUUUCUAGUAUUCUCGCAAUAGCACCGUUAAAUUUCUCACUAGCUUACCCAACGGCCAAAGCAGGUCUGGAUAUGUUGACCAAAAUAUUAGCCCUGGAAUUGGGGCCCAAAGGUAUUCGUGUCAAUACUAUUAAUCCGGGUGUCAUUCAUGGCAGAGACCCUCCGAGUCCUUUGGAAGUGUUGGCCCAAAAAUCGGCGCCAUUGGGAAGGAAUGGCGAGCCCCUAGACAUCGCUCGUGCGGUCGCAUUCCUGGCCUCCACUGACGCCCACUUUAUUACCGGCGCUAAUGUUGUGGUCGACGGCGGACUCGUAUACAACGCGGGUGUUUUAAACACAUUAAUGUAAUUAAGCAAGCUUGU